AUGAUUGAUGCAAUUCGCUCUUGCUUGCCAGGAUUCCAUCUUAGCCUAGACUUCACUCUGAAGUUCUCUGGUGGCCCUCAAUUGCUACAUUUCCGAGCUGAAGUUGGACCACCCACUGCCCAAACCCAAGCCAUUCUUGAACCAAGUUCACCCACUUUCCCUCAAUUCAUGAAACUCCCUCCAGAGAUCAGAAUUAUGAUCUGGAAGCUUUCUUUUGGGCCUGGUCGAAUCUUCCGAACAAAAGCUACGUCAGAUGUACCUGGUGUAAUCCCCAUGGCGGUAAACCAUAAACCACCAGCCGCCACACAAGCUUGUAAAGAAGCACGAUUGCUAUCUCUACGGGUUGGGAAGUUCUUGUUUGGAUCAUAUGGAAGCAAGAUCAAGAGCCUCUGGUUCAAUCCUUCACGCGACCUUCUCUACUGGAACGACAGAAGUUUCCCUUCGUGGCAGUUCGAAUAUGACGAUCACGAUAUGAGCUGCAUCGAAGUCGUGGCAAUAGACCAAGACCAGACCUACAGUAGCCUCGAAACCGCCCGGGAUAUCUCGACUAUAUUUCCGAGUUGCCGCGUCCUACAAAUCGUUCUUCCGCACAAGGCAUUGGCAGAUGGCGAUGAUGUUGGUUUCUCUGCCGUCAAUGAAGAUGCUGAUGACCUCUCGCUUCAGGUGACCUAUAAAGACAAGCUGUGCCGCAUGAGCUGGAAGAGUCUUGAGAACACGUUUUAUAUUGCAUAUGAGAAUCUGCUGGAGGAGAAGGCGAAUGAAAAUGAAGAAGAUGAAGCAUUCAGGUUUACAGAAGAGCCUGAGAUUCCUUCUUUCUACCCUGUCGAGGUCACUCCGGGUAAUCGUCUGUGA